ACAUAAGAACUCACCUUUUUCUUCCAUACAAAUACUUGGACCUUCUCUCAAUCUCCAUCACAACAAGAAACUGCUACUUGUGUUUAACUGUUUACAUUUUAAAAAAUGGCAUCAUGCAAUAACUCUUCACUUAUUAUUGGGUUUCUUGUGCUUGCAUUAGUCCAUUUUAACAGGAUUAACGCACUUAGUUCUAACUACUAUGAUCAAACAUGUCCCAUGGUUGAAUCAACGGUCACAAGCUCCGUGAAGAAAGCUAUGUUGAAUGAUCGAACAGUUCCUGCUGCACUCCUGAGAAUGCACUUCCAUGAUUGCUUCAUUAGGGGAUGUGAUGGUUCUGUGUUGUUGAACUCAACCGCUAACAACCAAGCUGAGAAAGACGGGCCUCCGAACAUAUCUCUUCAUGCAUUUUACGUCAUCGAUCACGCAAAGAAAGCAUUAGAGGCUGUGUGCCCUGGUACUGUUUCAUGUGCUGACAUUGUAGCUUUAGCAGCAAGAGAUGCAGUUCAUCUUUCCGGAGGUCCCACUUGGGUUGUGCCAAAAGGGCGAAAAGAUGGUCGGAUUUCAAGAGCAUCUGAAACUAGACAAUUGGCAGCUCCCACCUCCAACAUAUCUCAACUCCAACAAAGUUUUUCGCAACGAGGUCUUUCCAUGGAAGACUUAGUUGCACUUUCAGGAGGACAUACUCUCGGGUUUGCUCAUUGCUCCUCAUUCCAAAACAGGAUCCACAACUUUGCAACCACACAAGACGUUGAUCCAUCAAUGCACAAAUCUUUUGCAGCCAGUUUACGCAGUGUGUGCCCAAUGCAUAAUAAGGUGAGAAGUGCUGGUGCAAACUUGGAUUCAACCCCUACCACCUUUGACAAUAGAUAUUAUAAGUUACUUCUUGAAGGGAAGAGUAUCUUCACUUCUGAUCAAGCCUUACUUACCAACCCAACAACCAACACAUUGGUUAAGAAGUUUGCGAAUUCACGUGAAGAAUUUGAGAAAGCAUUUGUAGAAUCCAUGAUCAAGAUGAGCAGCAUAACCGGUGGCCAGGAGGUUAGGCUAAAUUGUAGGUUCGUGAAUUGAUUCCGUGAUCUUUAUCAUUCUUAUUUCGUUUGUGUUCUUUAGUGUUUUAGUUUCAUUUUUCUAAGGUUUCGAAACUGAGAUCUGUUGUAAAUGUGUGAAUGUGUGUUGCACUUUAUGUAUUGUUUUUGGAUUGUGUAAAGCAUCAUUGAGUCUUAAGAUAAGUUUCUUGUUUAA